UGUCGUCUGCUUGAAUGGCACAAGGUGCCUUGGUAGAACACUUAAUAUUGCAUAAAGGUGUUUGUGAAUAGCAGCCCUAUUCGCAUGAAUUAGGCACAUCGAGUGUGUCCUUGCGAAAUCUUUUCCGUCUUGUGGGUUUACCCCGCUUGCGACACGGCUAAGUAUAGCCGUAUAGGAAAGUGAGAGACAAGUUUGAGGUCAUCACAUACAUACCCGAGAGACGGCAUACCCGAGAGACGUUCAGCGAUGGGGAUGGCGUUGGCCUGGACACUCAUGCUUCUCUACAUUACAGUGCAAGUCCAUGGCUACUGUUACCUUACCAAGGCCGUAAAGAUUAGACUGCCCGUAUACUGUGAAAAGGGAGAGUACUGCUGUGGAUCAGGAAGACACAAACACUGCUGCAACGCUGAUAAAUCAAAUUUAUAUGCACCGUUGUCCAUUGGGCUCGGUAUCGGCAUCCCCGUGGUACUGGCUGUUGUCGGACUCAUCGUCUUCCUAUGUGUCAAGGGGAAACUCCGGUGUCCCAUCCAGCGCCCGUCAGAUCGGACCGUCUCCUACUCACCAACCAAGAGUGGGGAAACUUCUUGACCCACACGACCUUCACUGCUCACUGAUCCAUCGCCGUUCACCGAACAUCAACAGCCGUCACGUGGUCAUUUACCAUCACGAUAUUAAACCAAUAUGAUGCACAUAUAAUGAGAACAGUCAACCCCCGUUAAUCAGGUCAGCAGCGUCUCCAGAUUAACGUUGUCCGAACAUACAAGGUUUAACAGUACAUUUUUACUAUCGGCCAUUUUGUCAUUUUGAAUUAACUUUGCAUUCUCUGCACAGGAACUCGUUAUUGGUCAGUAAAUAAAAAUAUAUACCCCCUAUAUGUAAGUAGAGAACAUGUAGGGGGUAUAUAUUUUUAUUUACUGACCAAUAACGAGUUCCUGUGAUUCUCUGUUAUUUCAAGGUUCCACAAUAUUUGUAUGAAUUUUAUGUUCUUUAUCAUUAAUAAUUCCUCUUAUUCUCUAUAAUUACACUAAUCACCACAUAAAUAAAAUAUUAACAAAAUCAUUGUUUGUAAUUUAUGUUCCAUAUUUAAAAAACUCAUGAAUUAUGUGUGUUGAUUAAACAUCAAGUAAAUACUAUUCUAUUUAAAAUCAAAACUGCCCUCUUGAAAAGUAGUUUUAACAAACAAAAAGAAUCAGAAUACCAUUUCUGCCUCCAAUGUCGAUUCUAUGCAGAUUUAAGAGACAGCAUUUAAGAGACAGUGUGUGCGCGCGCGCUCUUGUAUACUUGUGUAAUGGGCCGGUGGCUCAUAACAGAAUAAACAAAACCAUAACAAACCGGAAUAACAGUGGAUUGGAAAUUAAUAAUUUUCCGUCUAUAUUUUGUCGUUUCUUUUGUUUGAAAUACAUUUACCCUUCAUUAUUGUUUAUCGCUUACCUUUUGACCGGUAACUGAUUUUUUUUGCUACCUGUUGUGUAGUUGAUUUUCUUUAAAGAAACGUGCAUGUAAAUAAACCGGUGACUACUUUGGCCACAUCGGGGAGUUCCUCCUCGUCAUUCAAAACUGUUAUUGUAUUCUUUAAAAACUAGGACAGGAUCUCAAAUGGAACUUUCAUUGGAUCUCAAUGCAAACUGAGAACAGAUCUGACUGGAAUGAGAUUGCCAAAUUAUCAAUGUAAUGAAAGGUAAUUUGCAAGAGACGCUUUAUCGGAGCUGAUAUUUACGUAGCUGUGUUGUGUUUUUUAGCUGUAUGACGACGAGCUCUGGUAUAAGAACAAAAUCAAGUCAAAGGAAAUUCCAGAUGAUACAAGCCGUAGACGUUUACCGCAAUGGUGAAACCCACGAGAAAGGAUAUUGCUCUGAAGAACAAAGCAAAAUAUUCAGGGCGAAACCGGGAUUCGAACCUACAGUCUGUAUAUAUUUCGACUAAGGGACGCAACCCUACACGUCUAAGACCCCUCGUACACAAAUGAACUCCCGACGUAUUCCGUGUCGACUUUUUCCGCUACCUCGAGCAAGAAGAUAUGUCGCUGUCAUCCUCCUAUCGCCAUCGCAAACAGUUCUAAAAUGUAACGGCUGGUUUUGGAAAGGCUUAACGUUCGAUAACGAUAAAUAAAAUCAGUUAAAUCCGUCAGAUGUGAGCACAUUAGCACAGGUGAUGUGGAACUUUAGACAGUCAGUAAGAGAUAGGUCUUUAAUGUG